AUGUGCCGGUAUUGUCGGUUUCACUUCCGUUUCCACAUUUAUCCUCCAGUCCACGAGGAGAGCACCGCACACUUGCAACACCAUCUCCGUCUAGAGGAAGCCGAGUGGCACAAUUCCGCCGAGCCUUCUUCUGUCCAACUUCCCGAACAGCACAGCCGCUGGGCCCAAUUCCGAUACGCCUGCACAGUCUGCGGCAUGACCGUUCACCUGGAGAUGUUUCCACCUCUGUUGAAGCCAGAGUGGAUAAAGUUGAUGAUGGACGAGGAGAAGAUUAGGGAGGCUCUAAGGAUUGCCAGACAGCAAGACCCAGAACGCUACGCAGACAUCAGCCCGGAGAAGGAAACGCACUACAUGACAUCGGCUCCGUCGACUCUAAACCUCUAUAUCAAGAACAUCCUCGAAGAAGACGUGAUGGGGCCUCGUAAGAAGAUCUCCUUCAGGAACAAAACCUUCCAGGUACAGUUUGGCCCGGAUUGCGAGUCAAUGUUCCGAUCCCUGGGAUUUCAGGUCCAGGACGACAAGGCUACCCAGGACUCUUACUGGGUGCCCCCUCGGUUACCGCCUCAGGAAGGCAAAACGCCUGUCGGGUCGCUCAGGGCCUUCUACGAAGAUGUGAGGAGCGAGGUACAGAGCCUGCUCGAUGACAAGCCAGCCGUAAACGGGCAGCCUGCGGCCAAGGUGUUGCCUAUCCCAGCCCGUGAGCAGCUAGAAAAGGCCCUUGCAUGUGACAAGGCACCACGCUCUACAAGCACUAUGCACGUCAACGGUGAAGAGGCGCCGCAUUUCGCGAUUCUGGGCGCGCCGGUCGGCGCAGACGAUGCUCUGCUCAAGUACGCCUAUAUCAGGCAGGUUGAGACAAACCCGGACCAUGCACCGGCGUACCUAGGAGCACUCGGCCAUCUCUCUGAGCGCAGGGCCGAAGACCUGCAGAUGUUUGUUAUCGCAGAGCAGGAGUCAAUAGCCACGACGAAGAAGGAAGCUUCCGCAGUAUCUCCUGAUGCCAGCUCGGCCGAGAAAGCAUAUGCUCAUUUUGGUCUCCGAAGGGACUGUCCCGAGGAGCCGGCAUACUUCCUACGCGUGUACAUGACUUAUAGAGAAGAGUCUCCGGCGCAGAAGUCAGACCAUCGGCUUGCUCUGCUCGAGAUUGCGAAGGACCGGAACUCCGAUGUGCUCGCGGCGGAGGUGUACGGAACGGAGAUGGAACUGGCAGAAGCCUGUCAGCUCCUCAAGGUGCAGUCGGACUGGCCGAUGGACAGCAUCGCUCAAAUGGCGCAUAGCGUGGCAUCGGAUAUGGAUAUAGAGCUCGUUCUUAUGGCGCUCGAGACGAUUUCACGUAAUCGGUCAGAAGAUGACCCUAACCGGCCCGCCUUCGAACAAGUGCUCACCGUCCUGCGAGCAAGCCGCCAACUUCAAGAUCUAUCGGCCAGUCCCGACCGCGCUGGUGACGAGACCGCUGCGCCCGAUCAGUCUGGUGCGGCCGUGGAUAUGGAGCUCCCGGUUGGGCUCGCCAAUCUUCGGAACACUUGUUACCUCAACAGCAUCCUCCAAUAUUUCUACUCUGUCAACGCCGUCAGGGAGGUGACUUUGAAUGCCGAUCUGCCCGUCCUGGAGCCAACCGAAGAGAACCUGAGCAAUAUACUACGCAGGAGUGGUAGCAGCAGUAGUAGCAACAGCCAGAGCCAAUCUGAGUUGGAGACGGGAAGAACCUUUGUCGGAUAUGAAUUCACGCGUGAACUAAGCAUCCUUUUCCGGGAGAUAGAGGCGGCUGGGGAAAGCUCGAUCUCACCCAGGCAGCGCCUGGCUAAUGCUGCUUUGCUGAGGCCAGAAAUGCUGCGUCCCCGGUCGGCGCAUUCCAAGGCUGUUCCAGGUGCAAACGACGGAGAUGCGCCACCCCUACCACCCCGUACGACCGAGAACGCCAAACCAAAGAUCUCAGAAGCACCGAUGACGGAAGCCGAACUCUGUGAGACCGCUAGUUCUACCAGCUCGCGGACACUAGUAGACCAGCCUGAAGCGGACAAUGUACCAAAGAGCGUCGAGGAGGACGCACCGGCGAUUGCAGACGUCCCCUCCGGCGACCAGCAUGCCGAAGAGCAGCCGAAGAUGUCGAAGCUCACUGUCGAGGAACUGGCCGUGGAGCUCGACAAGCCGAAUGUCGGAUCGGAUCAGAUGGAUGUUGACGAGGUCAUGGGGAACACCAUUGACCAUCUGCGAGCAGCCUUCAAAGUCUCUGGCGUUGGCGGCUCCGAGUCCGCACCUGAUCCUAUUGAACAGGCCUUCUUCUCAACUUUCAUUGACAACCGGAAGAAGAUCGGUGAGCCCGAUUGGAGCCAAACGAGCAGAUCAGAUCGUUGGGUAACCGCUUAUCCGGCCCAGUCAGGGACAUUGGACCUUUACGAUGCCUUGGCUAACUCGUUCGAUCUCGAGACGCUGCCUGGCAGCCGGCUGUCUUUCACCACCAUCAAACGGCCGGCGCCGCAUUUCCACGUUUGUAUCCAGCGCUCUGACGGCAGGAGCAAGAAUGUCAACCCAAUCACGAUUCCUGAGACCCUCUACCUUGACCGUUUUAUGCACACUGACGACAAGUUGUCGCCGCUUGCCAAAGGGAGGAAGCGCAAGUGGGAUAUCAAAACGAGACUCACAGAAAUGACAAGCAUGGCGCCUGAACAUUUAGAAACAGCCAAGCCCGAGUCACGGGUUACGAGCGGUCCUUCAGAGCUUAAUACGCAGCAUGAUCUGCCGGAAGAGGAGGUUGACGCAUUUAUGGCCUUGAAUGGCUUGAAUACUUCGGUAGAGGGCUCUUCCUUCCCAGCAACUGACAUGGACUUGGGUACGAAGCAACUCUUCGCCAAAUAUGGGGUUGCGGAACCCAGGAUCGCGAAUCCUGGCGGCCAACCUCCGCCACGGAGACAUGACGAAGGCACCAUACCGCCAUCGUCUGACAUCGAGGGGUCCUGGGAGAAGUUCGUUGCCGAAGAGAAGGCAGAGAGGGCUCGUUUGAUCGCGGAGCGGAACAGCCUCUUCAGCAACUCGCACGCCAUUGCGUAUCGUCUGCAUGCCGUCGUAUGCCACGCGGGGUCCACGGCCUCCGCUGGACACUAUUGGGUAUGGAUCCACGACUUCGAGCGUGAUGUCUGGCGCAAGUACAACGACACGAGAGUGUCGGUUCACCCAGCCGAGUACGUCUUUGGGGAGCUCAACACCAAGGGCGAGCCGUACUACCUCGCAUACGUCAAGGCCGACGAAGUCCAGAAGCUGGUCAGCGUUCCACAGCGUCGUCCGCAGUCGAAUCCUCCUCCCGUGCCGCCGCGUGUUGGGCCGGCGUCGGCCCAGGACACGGUGAUGGGCGACGCCGACAGAGUUGAGACCAAGCCCAUCAUCGAGCACGUGGAAGAUGUCGAGAUGCAUCCCCUUCCGACCGCUGCUGCCUAG